UUUUGUUAAACGGCGACAGCGUUUACUCUCAGUCAGUCAGUCGGUCGAUCGGCGCUCGAAAGCGAAACUCACAUGCGGCGCACCGCCUGCAGAUACAGAUACAAAUACCCGUUCCGCAGAUACAGAUACAACGUCCGCGAGUCAAGAGUCCGAAUUCGCGACACGCAGUGAAGUUGUGCACGGAAUCCGAUUCAGGAAAAUUACCAUUGCAAACGGGAAAUUCAAUUAGCUGCUCGCGCUCCGUCAAGUGCUUCACAGAAAAUAAGAAAAAAGAAAAACAUUAAUAAAACGACACACACAAUAGGAGUAAAAGUGCGAAGAAAUGCCAGUGCAACAGCAACAUCAGUCUGCGGCCAUCGGUCAGCAAAUAAAGAUGGGCAUCGAGGCGGUUGGAGGCGUGGCGGCGACUAGUGCCAAACAAAAGCCCAGAAGCCAAUCAACCUGCUGGUUUCUGCAACGUCGCCAGUUGGACAAUAUCUCCAUAGUUUUGGCCGAGAUGAUUGCCACGGCGAUGCUAAUGUUUCUGGGCUGUAUGGGCUGCAUCGAGAACUCCGUCUUCACCAACUCGAACUUCCAGAGUGCCCUCAACUUUGGAUUCGUGGUGCUGAUCUGCAUCCAGUGCUUCGGCUGUGUGUGUGGAGCCCACUUGAAUCCCGCCGUGACCUUGGCCUCCUACGUGUACAACAUGAUCUCGCUGCCCAUGGCACUGGCCUACUUUGUGGCCCAGAUGGUGGGUGCAUUCAUCGGAUACGGACUGCUGAAGGCCGUGCUCCCCGAGAAUGCCAUCUACAGCACGUCCACGCCCAAUGGCGUUUGCCUCACAUUGCUGAACAGCACCUUGACCAGCUGGCAGGGCAUGUCCAUCGAGUUCCUGAUCACCUGCGUCCUCAUCUCCAUCUGCUGUGGCGUCUGGGAUCCCCGCAAUGCCACCAAACAGGACUCCGUGCCAGUGCGAUUCGGUCUGGCCAUCGCCUGCCUUUCCCUCACGGCGGGCCAAAUGACUGGGGCCAGUAUGAAUCCCGCCCGAUCCUUCGCUCCGGCCAUUUGGAAUGGAGUCUGGGCCAACCACUGGAUCUACUGGGUGGGUCCCAUGGCCGGAGCUCUGGUGACCUCGUUGAUCUACAAGCACGCCUUCCGGCGGGAGGUCGAGGAUUCGGAGGUGGAUGAGGCCACCAUGUCAACCAAACGAACCUCUGAGGCGGAACUCGCCUAGAAAUGAUUUAAUACCCAUAAGGCAUGCUAUCGUUUAAGUCUGUGUGAGUUGAAUGCGGUUUAGUUUUAAGUUGCAAAGUGUACAAAUAUAAAUACCUUAAAAGAAAUCUUACGGCUGCCGUCUAUAUAAAUAAUCUAAUGUAAAUGCUAUGCUUAUCUGAACGAGAUUACUUUUAUGCCACCGCGAAAUGCUUAUCGUUAAUAUUUAAUUGCCCAUACACUUGAUCAAAUAAACCACACAGUAGCCACAAA